GCAGUUUUUCUGUUGCCGAGGAGCCCAGAUUUUCUCAGAAACCACAAAAUGCUUUUACUGAGCCUGGUCAGAAAAAGCUGAUUUGGCCAGAUGUGUGAGGGAGGCGGUGGUGCGGGUUGACCAAUUAGAAUCUCGCAGACCAGGCUGGGCUUCUGUUUAAUUGCUUCCUUCGCUUUCAGAUUUAUUUUGUUGGUUAUGCUACCCUUAACCUUUUCUCUUUCUCGGCAAAUCAUUCUCGGAAGGAGGCAGAUCUUAAGACACUGGUACAAACCUGCUGCCGUUAUGUCUACUUUGCUGAUCCAUCAGCCCCAGUAUUCCUGGUUGAAAGAUCUGGGACUCAGAGAAGAAAACGAAGGCGUGUAUAAUGGAACCUGGGGUGGAAGAGGAGAGGUUGUUACAAGCUAUUGUCCAGCUAACAAUGAGCCUAUAGCAAGAGUCCGUCAGGCCAAUCUGGCAGAUUAUGAAGAAACACUAAAGAAAGCCAAAGAAGCCUGGAAGAUAUGGGUAGAUAUUCCAGCCCCAAAACGAGGAGAAAUAGUGAGACAGAUUGGGGAAGCCUUGCGACAGAAGAUCCAAAUCUUAGGAAACUUGGUAUCUUUGGAGAUGGGAAAAAUCGUAGUGGAAGGUGUUGGAGAAGUUCAGGAGUAUGUGGAUAUCUGUGAUUAUGCUGUUGGUUUAUCACGAAUGAUUGGAGGACCCAUCUUGCCUUCAGAAAGACCUGGCCAUGCCCUCAUUGAACAGUGGAAUCCUUUGGGCUUAGUUGGAAUCAUCACUGCAUUCAAUUUCCCAGUGGCUGUGUAUGGCUGGAAUAAUGCCAUUGCUCUGAUUUGUGGGAAUGUCUGCCUUUGGAAAGGAGCACCAACAACUCCACUCAUUAGUGUAGCUGUCACAAAGAUAGUGGCCAAAGUUUUGGAAGACAACAAUUUACCUGGUGCAAUCUGUUCCAUGACAUGUGGUGGUGCUGAUAUUGGCACAGCAAUGGCCAAAGAUGAGCGGAUAGAUCUGCUGUCCUUCACAGGAAGCACCCAAGUGGGAAAACAGGUGUCAGUCAUGGUACAGGAGAGGUUUGGGAGAAGUUUGUUAGAGCUUGGAGGAAACAAUGCUAUUAUUGUUUUUGAAGAUGCAGACCUCAAUUUAGUUGUUCCUUCGGCUCUUUUUGCGGCUGUGGGGACAGCGGGCCAAAGAUGUACAUCUGCUAGACGACUGUUUUUGCAUGAAAGCAUCCAUGAUGAAGUUGUAGACAAACUUAAAAAGGCAUAUGCACAAAUUCGUAUUGGAAACCCAUGGGAUUCUAAUGUCCUCUAUGGGCCCCUCCACACCAAACAGGCAGUAAACAUGUUCCUUGAUGCAGUAGAAGAUGCCAAAAAGCAAGGUGGCGUGGUGGUCUGUGGUGGGAAGACUAUAGAUCGCCCUGGAAAUUACGUAGAGCCAACGAUUGUCACUGGUCUUGAUCAUGACGCAUCUGUUGUGCACAGAGAAACAUUUGCUCCUCUCCUUUAUGUUUUAAAAUUCAAGAAUGAAGAAGAGGUCUAUACAUGGAAUAAUGAAGUAAAACAGGGUCUUUCAAGUAGUAUCUUCACAAAGGAUUUGGGCAGAAUCUUUCGAUGGCUUGGGCCUAAAGGAUCAGAUUGUGGCGUUGUGAAUGUCAAUAUUCCGACAAGUGGUGCUGAAAUUGGAGGUGCAUUUGGAGGUGAGAAGCAUACUGGUGGUGGCAGAGAAUCAGGAAGUGAUUCAUGGAAGCAAUAUAUGAGACGAUCUACUUGCACCAUCAACUACAGUAAAGACCUUCCUCUGGCGCAAGGAAUCAAGUUUCAGUAACAGUGUUUUGGGUUUAUAUGACUUCCACAUGCAACUUUUUAAGGUGAUAACAAAUCAUGGACCUCUUUUUGUUAUUUAAAAGUAGAAAAUAAAGUUGCAAAAAAAGCAUAAAGGCAUUUAUUUAGUGAAAGAUGGAUUGGACUUGCUCAUCAUUCCCAUUUUCUUUUUUAAAGCCAAAUCUUGGAUUUAAAAUCAGCAUGUUCAUUUGCUUAAGAAAAGUGAAAAUCUGACUAAUCCACUCUUUGAAAAGAAAACAAAUGUUAAUAUACUGGAACAAUACUUGUAGGGCAGUGGAAAAUAGUAACCAUAUUUCUGAUAAUGGGGCCUUAGAAAAAACAAGUUUUUUUAACCUGCCUAUUUCUAUAGUCAUUCCUAUCAUUUCAAGUGAAAGCUUAACCAUUUUAAUCUGAGAAUCUUCCAAACAAGAAAUUAAUGGUUAAAGUCUCCUAGAGUGUAUUGAUUAGUCUUAUACUACAGUGGCUUAGGUUUUUAGAAGUAUCAUAAUGGGUACUAUUGACAAUAUGAAACAUAUUACUACAUGUAGAUUUAGAAGUAUAUAUAGAAUAGUCUUAUGCUUGUCACUGUGAUGAUCAUCAAUUUAAUCUUGAACUCAUAUGGGUCUGUGGAUUUCUAGUAUAUAGUAGAUUUCUAGAAUAUGGGCCCUACAUAAUUCCUCCCUUUCAAGUUCACAAUUUAGGGCUGAAAUAAAAUGUGCAGAUUUUAUAAAGAAAGUCUAUUUUGGUCAUCAGGUUUAUCAAUUUUUAUAACUGCAUCUAAUUGAGAUUCCAUAUGAAGGAUUCCAGUGUAGGUUUCUGUAGUUUAGAGUGCAACUGUAAAUGCUAACAGUAGUUAUGUGAAAGUCUCUAAAUAUAUCAUGGUAAUAUUAAUCUGUUGUAUUUCAAUCAGGCAUACUCAUUUCCAGGUCAUCUUAAGUAACCUUGAUCAAGUUGGAUAUAAGAGUGUUUCCUAGAGGAAGAUAAGCAGCAUUCAGAUGAUUUUUCUAAAUAAUUUUGUAUGGUUUUUGUUUAAAGUUUGGCCUGUCAUAUUCUUUGCACAGUAUACAGUCAUUUUUCAAAGUGUUGUGCAUAAAUACAGGUGGCAUCUGUACUGGGUUUGAAGUUGCUUACAUUUUUAAUUGUCCUUUUUACCAAUAACUUCUCAGUGAGAUAUAUCGCUUAUGUUUCUAAAGUGCCUUCUUACUUGAAUUGAUAUGGCCCCUUUUGUAUAUUGCUAAUUUCCAUUUAAUUCCUCUAAGAGGAGGAUGAAGUUCCAAUUUGGGACACUUAAGAUAAUUUCAUAUAACCAACUUAGAAUGCUUUCUUUCUAGAAUGAAUUUCCUAGCAAUAAUAAAUAAUUACAUAUUUGUUUUUCCUUUGAUAGUGGAGUAAUUGAUUGUCUUAAAUCAAUUUGGAGGUAGAGCAUUUCUGUAGGUGUGGAGAGUAAUAAAUAUGAAAAAAAUUGUC